AUGAGUCAAGAACAACCACACCGGCCAGACGAGAAGGAGGAGGCCGUCAAAUACGAUCUAUCCGAUGAGCUUAUCAAACCGCAAGAUGCAGCUAUGAUGCAGGCAGCUGAGACGUGCGUCUUUAGCCGGAAUCAGAAAGGCUUUCCGGCCUCCGCCAUGCAGGCCGCUGCUACAACCAAUGAAAGAAUCGGUGUCGAAGAUGUUACCGAUUCUCUUGAGGCCGAAGGAGUCACCGUCACAUCUCGUGUCAUAACUCAAUCAGUUGCCGGAGAGGUUGUGGGACAAUACUAUCAAUCAACCUCCUCACAAGAAGAGGUGGCCGGGCCGAUUACUAUAGGAGAGGCACUGGAGUUGACUACGCAGAUUGCCGGAAACAAGCCGGUGGAAAAGAGCGACGCAGCUGCAAUCCAUGAGGCGGAGGCGAGGGCCACCGGUAGAAACAUCAUGAAGCCUGGCGGAGUUUCAGCCACGGCUCAAUCGGCUGCAGCUUAUAAUGCGGGGGUGACUUGUGAAGAUGAUAAGAUAAAACUUAGUGCUGUACUAAGGGCGGUGACGAGGAGACUGUCGGUUGACAAGGCGGCGACGAGGGAGGACGCGGAGGAAGUGGUGAUGGCGGAGUUGAAGAACAACCCGAACUCGACAACUCAUCCAGGCGGGGUGGGGUCAUCCUUGGCGGCAGCGGCGAGAAUGAACGAGGGGAAGAUGGAUAACCCAUAA